GAAGUAGAAGCGGCCAGUCGCGAGCAGUCGGGGACAGUGGUGAGGCGGACAUUUUGGUAAUUGUUGACAACAUUUUGUGUUUCACGAAUUUUGGACGAGGUUUCAUCACUGGCUUUACAAUAGGACGGUCGCCCUAUAGGGUCGUACUAUGGCGGAAUACUUAGCCUCAAUUUUUGGAACCGAAAAGGACAAAGUUAAUUGUUCCUUUUAUUUCAAAAUCGGCGCAUGUCGACACGGCGACAGAUGUUCCCGUAUUCACAACAAACCGACUUUCAGUCAGACUUGUCUACUACAAAAUUUAUACGUGAAUCCGCAGAACUCAGCAAAGAGCGCUGAUGGCUCACAUUUGGUUGCAAAUGUGUCUGAUGAAGAAAUGCAAGAGCAUUACGAUAACUUUUUUGAGGAUGUCUUUGUGGAAUGUGAAGAUAAAUAUGGAGAAAUCGAAGAGAUGAAUGUUUGUGAUAAUCUUGGAGAUCAUUUGGUUGGUAACGUCUAUAUAAAGUUCAGAAGAGAGGAGGAUGCGGAAAAGGCAGUGAACGAUUUAAACAAUCGAUGGUUUGGUGGUAGACCAGUGUACGCGGAAUUGUCACCAGUAACUGACUUUAGAGAAGCCUGCUGUCGUCAAUAUGAAAUGGGAGAAUGUACCCGGUCAGGAUUCUGCAAUUUCAUGCACUUAAAGCCAAUCUCACGAGAACUCCGUCGCUAUCUCUACAGUCGCAAGAAGGGCGGCAAAGGAGGAAGAUCACGAUCUCGUUCACGGUCUCGUGGACGCGAUCGCAAGCGCAGAUCUCGAUCUCGUGAAAGGCGUUCGCGAUCAAAGGAAAGACGUAAUAAGGGCAGAGAGGACAAAGGUCGUGAUGGUCGCUCGGGCCGAUAUUGAUUAAUGAAAACUUUCGAUUGCGUCUUAUGUAUCGUUUGUGCUGUUUGCAACUCAAAAUUCAUUGUAUUAACUGAGGCAAAGAAGAUCCCAUUUUAAACGUGUACUGUGGCCUCUAACUUUAUAAUAAAACUUAAAUAUUCCACCAGAAUA